AUGAAAUGGGUCGUCGAAUCGUCUCUGGCGGCUGUCACUCGGCGGAGCGGAAAAACAGCGACUUUGCGGCUCUCCGGCGGCUGUCACCUGACGGAGAGGAGCUGGAUGGAGGUGGGGCGCGUGUCAGGGAGCUUCAUCCUCAGGUCUACGCAGCAAGAGGAGGCUCUUCAUCGCAUCUGGUAUGCUCUCAGGAGGUGGCGACUCAUCUCCCAGCAGAUCGUCCUCUUCUCGACGACGGCUUGUUCGUCGAUCAAUCAGAGAUGAUUUACUUGAUGGAUUCGCGAUCCUUUUAUCGCGAAUCGUUCAGCAAUUUUAGUAGCAAUGCUCCGCGAAUCACGUUGACGAGAUUUUCGCCGAUGAUCCAGCGAUUCUCGUUGCUUAAUCCUUCACUGGCGAUCUGUAGGAAAGUCGCGAUAAUCAGAUAAAAAUAUAUGAAUUUUGACUCUAGGAGGAUUCGAACCCGCACCAGUUGGGCGCCGAUUUUUUGGGCGAAUAUAUAGUAAUGUUACAUUUUUAAGCAAUAAAGUUCCUUCUCUCGCGUGUACGACCACUCGCCCCAUAGUCGGCUGGCCACCGGUGACGUGGAAGGGGAGUGGCGCACACGUGCCCCUAUCGGUCCAAGCCGCUCGAGCCCCUGCUCGCGGCUACUCCCCGACUGAGCUUCCGACCCGCUUGCGGGCCCGGCUGGCCGGCGGGUCCCCCCCUCAUUUUGUCUUAUUUUUAUUUCUUUUUCUUCAUUGAUCUCAAAAGCAAGACUGUAAAAAUCAUAUAAAUUCAUGUAAAAUCACAUAAUUACCUAAAAAUUCACAUUAAUCAAUUGAAAACCACUUUUCACACUUUAACACAAAUAUAAGUCUAUUUAUCAUGAGUUAAGGCUAAAACUAUAUUAUUGACUAAUUAUUAACUCAUGAUAAUGAAGACUUAUCAGUAAGUUUCAUGAUAUUCUUUUUCAGAUUUAGCAUAAAUUCAUAUACUUGAUAUAUAUACCUUGACAUACUUUCAGCCAAAACAAAAUUAACAAAAUCUUCCCAAAAAUUAUAUUUCCAUUUUGAAAAGAAUCUUUCCUUAUUUCUCUCUUGUUUUGUAAGGCUCUCAUUCAUUAAUAAAUACUUUCUAUUAAUAGACCAUAAAAUGUGAUCAGGCCAUAUAAUUUUCAAAUUAGCCCUUACCCAAUCUAGAAUUUUUUCAUCUAACUUGAUAUCUCUAAUUCUUCCACUCACCCAUUUCUUAAUGUGUUCUUUUAUCUGCAUAAUCUUCCCCUGCUCCGUUUUAUCUUCCAUACAUAUUUGUUCAAUUUGUGAGGAGUGAAAUAUUUCAAGCUUAGAAACAAUUCUAAUGGGCUGUGGGUUUUGAAGGAUGGAAGGAUUGUCUUCUUUAAUCUUAGAUCUAAUGAAUUCAGUAAAAUUCAAAAUUUCUCCUCCAAAAUUAUCUCUAUAUUCAUAUUCAUUAUUUUUGUUUCUCUCAAUUAGUUGGAUCAACUCUUUUUCUAGCUUUUCGUUUCUCGACUCAUCAAAUUCUUCAUCUUCCGAAGAGCUAUCUUUUAAUUUCGGUAUAUGAUAUACAUCAUCAUCAACAUCCAUGGCUGCUAAAUUAUGAUUAGAUUUAUUAAUUUCGUCUCCUACAUCUCCUAAAUCAAUUGAUUUUUCCUCACCUGAAAUAUGUUUUUCUUCAUUUGUGUCCUUACUCCCUUCUACUAAAAUUUGGAUGAUUUUUCCAUGAUCACCUGCUGUCUCUUCAUCUAAGGGCUCUUUCUCCUCAUCAUCCUCACUAUAUUUAUUCAUCAAUUGUGAGUAAUAAAUGAUUUUAUUCAAAUUUUCUGCUACUAUAUUUUCAGCCUUAAUAUUCUCAUUUACUUCUAAUGGCUCAUCAAUUUCUUAUAAUAAUUCGAAAUAAGGAUCAAGUAAAAUAUUCUCAAUCAAUGUAUUCACUGACCUAACAUUUUCAUUUCGUGGGUUUUUUUUCUAAAUUUAUCUAGCUAGACUCUCUUUGUUGAAAUCCUACUGUUGGAUAGUUUCCUGAAUUUUCUAUGGGCUGACUAGGUGGCUGUCCCUCUUCUCUCUUAUUCCCAAGAGCCUCUAUAAUUUGUUUCUGGUGUAGGAUCAUUUGAUUCAUAGUUUGUUGCAUCAUUUGGCUCAUUUGCUGCAUCAUUUCCAUAGCAUCAGGUUGGAUUUGAGAGGACUGAUUUUUCUGAAAUCUAUGUUCCUAUUUUGGACGAAAGUCAAAAUGUGAAUUAGAUCUAAGUGCUUCUGGAUUUUGAAUAUUAUUUGAGUUCUCCACGAAAAAUUAUUCCCCCAAUUAGGAUUAUAAGAAUUAGAAAAAUAUUCUCUAUUUUUACAAAAAUCAUGGGGUACCUGCACUAGUUCUUGCCUAUGAUGAUAUUGAAAUUCGAAAUGAUCACUUUCACCAUACAUAGGACCUGCACUAUUUGAAUUAAAUUGAGGGUUAAGAGGCUUUCUAAUAUUGUCAAUAAGUAAAUCAAGUUUUUCUAAUCUUUGAUUAAUCUAAUUAACCUCAUUUCUAAAUUUAGAUUCAUUAUCAUGAUGCAAUUCAUGAAUUCCUCUCUUCUUAUCCUUGUCAUAUAAUUCAAAAGAGGCUUGAUCUCUAGAAUUUUCACUUAAAUUCUCAUAAAGACUGUAAAUCUCAUCAGGGGUUUUCUCCAUAAAAGCUCCUCCACAUAUAGAAUCAACCAUAUUUCUAUGUUUUUCUAAUAAUCCAUCAUAAAAAAUUCUAUUGAGCUGCCACUUGGGUAUAGCAUGAUGAGGACACUUUCUAAGUAAAUCUUUGAAUGUUUCCCAUGUCUCAUGUAAAGUUUCUCCUGGUCUUUGAGAAAAACUCUAUAUAUAUUUUCUCAUAUUUUGAGUUUUUCCUAAGGGAUAAAUUUUUUGAAGAAAGGCCUGUUCUAUGUCUUUCCAGCUAGUUAAUUCUCUAUCUAAUGUGGAUAGCCAAUGGCUAGCUUUGUCCCUAAGUGUAUGAGGAAAUAAUUUCAUCUUAAUAAUUUCCGGUGUAACUUGAGGGAGAUUAACUAAAUCACAGAUCAUAUGAAAUUUUUCUAAGUGCUGAUGAGGUUCUUCUAAAGGCAAUCCAUGAAAAUUAGGGAGCAUUUGAAAAAUUCUUGGAUUUAUUUCGAAUUUAACAUUGGGUGCUACUGGGACUCUAAUAUUGGAUGCUCUUUGAAAUGAAUCAGGGAUAUAAGAAUUUUUCAUGGCCAUAGGAUUGUUCUCAGUUUGACCUGUACUUCCUUCAGGAUCUAUCAAAAUUAAUUUUUCUUUUGGUUUUUUAUUUUUGAAUGAAAUAAUGAAAGGAUUUUCUAGCCUUGGAUGCAAGGAUCUUCUACCAUGCAUAAAAAUCAAUAAAUCCGAGGGAAAAAUUUAGUAAUUGUUACCCUCCUUCAGGAUGCUCCAGUCCUUGCCUUGCUUCUUUUCGUUCCCUUUUUCUAAAAAAAUCAGCAAAAAGAAAAUAAAACAAGAGUUAAAUUUUUUUUUGUGUACUUUAAGAGAAAAACAGAAAAAUACUAAAUAUUAUGCAAUACAUCCCCGGCAACGGUGCCAAAAUUUGACGUGACUUAGUCGUUGUAUAUUAAAUCACGCAAAAAUAAAAUUUAUAAAACUAGAAAAUAUGAAUUUUUGGAUAUUUAGAAGUAUUUCUGAACAAAUAUAUCAAUUAUAAUUCAAUUAAACUUCCAAAAAUAGCGGUAAUUUUCCAAGUCAAUCACAGGGAUGUAGUAUAAUAUCUGGUAAUUAUUCAAAAUUUUCCUCAAAGAAUAAUAUUUUAUAUGAAUUUUAUACUAAGAAAUGAAAAGGAAAUAUAUUUUAAAUUCACUAAAAAAGGAAAUAAGGGUGCGGGUGUCAGGAUGACAUCAGCGCCCGGCGAACGUGAAUCGGGCGGAAACAAAGUUCCGCCCGACGAUUCUUACGUAAGCGAUUACAAAUGAUUUAAUUGAUCAAAUUAAGAUUUGUAAAAGACGGAAGAAUCGUAAUGAAAUGAAGUAUAUGUUGGUAAAUUUAAAAUCAAUAAAUUAUCACUAAAUGAAACAGAAAUUAAGUUGAAAGCAGGAAAAUAGAGUUCUGGCAUCGCGAUGGCGAUGCGUCGGCGAUGCAUCGGAAUCUUGAUCGUUCGGAAGGAUUGUCGUGUAGUGUCCACAACCUCAAAGGCUCUCCUUGGACAAAGACAAUGUGGGCAAUCUCUAGAUUUUCUCGCGAAGUCUAGAGAUUAAUGAAAUGGGUUGUCGAAUCGUCUCUGGCAGCUGUCACCCGGCGGAGUGGAAAAAUAGCGACUUUGCAGCUCUCCAGCGGCUGUCACCCAAUGGAGAGGAGCUGGAUGGAGGUGGGGCGCGUGUCAGGGAGCUUCAUCCUCAGGUCCGCGCAGCAAGAGGAGGCUCUUCAUCGCAUCUGGUAUGCUCUCAGGAGGUGGCGACUCGUCUCCCGGUGGAUCAUCCUCUUCCCGACGACGGCUUGUUCAUCGAUCAAUCGGAGAUGAUUUACUCGAUGGAUUCGCGAUCUUUUUAUCACGAAUCGUUCAUCAAUUUUAGUAGCAAUGCUCCGUGAAUCGUGUUGACGAGAUUUUAGCCGAUGAUCUAGCAAUUCUCGUUGCUUAAUCCUUCACCGGUGAUUUGCAGGAAAGUCGAGAUAAUCAGAUAAAAUUAUAUGAAUUUUGACUCUGGGAGGAUUCAAACCCACGCUGGUUGUCCGCCCCUUCUGAGAAAGGUGUGACGCGGGUUUAGUCCCACAUCGGUUGUGCACCGAUUUUUCGGGCUAAUAUAUAUUAAUGUUAGCUUUCUAAGCAAAGUUCCUUCUCCCGCGUGUACGACCACUCCUUGUCCCACAGCCGGCUGGCCACCGGUGACGUGGAAGGGGAGUGGCGCACACGUGCCCCCAUCGGUCCAAGCCGCUCAAGCCCCUACUCACGGCUACUCCCCGACUGAGCUUCCAACCCGCUUGCGGGCCCGACUAGCUGGCGGGUCCCCCCCUCAUUUUGUCUUAUUUUUAUUUCUUUUUCUUCAUUGAUCUCAAAAGCAAGACUGUAAAAAUUAUAUAAAUUCAUGUAAAAUCACAUAAUUACCUAAAAAUUCACAUUAAUCAACUGAAAACCACUUUUCACACUUUAGCACAAAUAUAAGUCUAUUUAUCAUGAGUUAAGGCUAAAACUAUAUUAUUUACUAAUUAUUAACUCAUGAUAGUGAAGACUUAUCACUCCUCUACUUACUUUCUUUCUUUUCCUACAUUCUUAACCUUUCUUAAAGUUGUUUUUAUGUUCUUUGAUCCCUUGUUCUGUCCUUAACUUUUCUAUUUUCUCUCACCAAUGUUUUCUUCCCCUAGUGGAUUCUCCUUUGUCUGAAGUGUUUUCCCGCUCUAUCUCUCAUCUAAUCUCUUCCUUCUCUUUUUUUUUAUUGAUUUCACAUUCUAUUGUCUCUUUCUUCAAUUAUUUCUGCCGAUGAUUUCUUCCUCACCAUUAGAAAAGUUUCCAUCAUCGAGUUUAUCUCUCCGAGAUUUUUUUUUCUCUUUCUUCCAGAAUAUUUUCUCUUCUUGGACAUCUUCUUUUCAUUCUUAUCUUAUUACUUUAGUUUGUUUUUGUGUGCUUCAUUGGUUUUCUCUUUCCUUUUGCCAAUAAUUUAUUUUGUGAUAACAAGAACUCUCUUUUAAUCUCAAAUUUCCUUUUUAUAAUUACUAAUCUCUCACUCUCUUUAUACCAUGUGUCAAACCCUUUGACAAGUAGUAUUUUUCCGUAUUUGCCGCACUUCUCUCUCUCCAAUGUGCCCUUAUUUCUCUUUCCCUCUCUCUCUCUCUCUCUCCUCGUAUCAACAUCCUAUCUCUCCUAUCACUCUUCUCUCUCUCCAAUCGUGAUGUAGCUUAAGAUGUGUGGAAUUAAAAUCUAGUUAUGGAAUUCAUAAAAAACAUGGUUUCUAUGAAUAUUCCAUCUUUAAUUUGAAGAAUUUGGAAGCCUCAACCUUGGAAUCCAUAACACAUUGAUCUUGAGUCCACAAGAUCAGAAGAGUUUGGCUAAAUCAUUAGAGGAGAUGCUAAAAUCCACAUAUAGAAAGAUAGCCUCAAAAGAGGAAAAAAUUUGUGAAAAUAAUUGAAUUGAGAGUAUGCCUUGAAGCUAUAGGGUGGGGCCUUGAAAUAGAUUGAAAUAUCCUUAAGGAAAAAGGAGGGUUUUGUUAGAAUGUCCUUAAGGAAUAAGAGGGAGUUCUAUUAGAAUGCCCUCAAGGAAUAAGGAGGGGUUAUAUUAGAAUGUCCUUAAGGAAUAAGAGGGGAUUAUGUUAGAAUGCCCUCAAGGAACAAGGGGGGGUUAUGUAGGGUGUUAUUUAAAUUUGCUACACUAUUAGACUAUAUUAUCUAAAUAAGUUUUGUAUUGUCCUAACCAUUAACUCUUCCAUCUUAAUUUGUUGCACAUCAUUAGGCUUUGGGCUCAAAGUUUCUAAAUGUAGGCAUCAAAGUAUUACUCUAGAAUACAACCUUACCUAGCAUGUCAUGGCUUCCUACUAUUUUUCUACAACUAUUUUUUCUUUUCUCAUGAGAAACAUCAUUAUAGUAACUAGGAUUAUUGAUCACUCUUUAUCAAAUUUUCCAAAUAAACAACUUACCAAAGUAUUAGUGUUAUAAGAUUUGCUAGAUGGAGGACAACUAGACGUUUAACCUAAGUAAAAGAAACCAACAUAUGAUUAGUGUAUUGAUAAUUAUAAAUUAGUAGUUGCAUCUAUGUAUUAAUAUCUUAUAUAUAGAUGUUAAUUAAUGAGUAGAUAAUAUAAUUAUACAUGUAUUACCAACUCAUUAUGACAUUCAUAUUGUUUCAUCAUUUAAGUCUUAAUGUAUAUUAUUUUAUUUAUAUUAUGAGAUUGACCCCACUUAACUUUUAUAAAGUCAAGUGAUGAUUCUUUCAUAUUUUCUUGAUAAUUAUUUGAUUGUAAGUACUUAGGUGAGCUCUUAUUAUGUGUUGGAAGUAAUGGAAGAAGCCAAGGCUUUCAGCCUAAGGAAAAACCCAAGUCUUAUGGAGAGGGUCAACCUAAUAUAUUUAUGGGUCCAAGAAAGGGUGUCACCUUGGGCAAAGCUCAUUUGAACUUGAAAGAGUUAUCAAGAGAUGAGAUCUAGGUCAUCCAUCUUAGAGUGUCUUAAGAUGAGCUUAAGAGAAGGAUUAGAGUGUUGCUCUUAUGAAAGAAUUUGGGCCAUCAACCAAGAGAAUUCUUGAGAGGAUUAAGACAUCUCACCCCCCUCUUGGAGGACGCUUUUUGAUUCUCUAUCUAAUAGUGGUUAGUCGAAGAAAAUAGGAGAGAAAUUAAGGCUUAUUCAACGACAUUUUUGUGUUCAAGAUCAUCGUGGAGAAGAGAUUAUCUGGAACACAUCAAGAUCAUCAUGGAUCAAGCAUCACUCAGCCUAGGACUGACGCACAAUGAGGUUUGUGCAAGAUCUAGAUUUGAGACAUCCUUGUAAUUUUCUCUAUAGAUAGAUUAACUCUUAGUUCGAAUUAGUUUACCAUUUAUUCUAUCAUUUCAUUGUGUUAGAUCUAUUUUCUCUUCUUUACUAUACUUUUUAUUUCUCUUGUCUUUAUCCUUGUCAGAUUAAUUCUGGCCUUCACAAUCUCAAGUAUAUAUAUAUAAGAAAUAAGAUAAGUAAAAUUUUUACUCUCAUUACCCACGCUCUUUGAAGAUCGAUCCUUACUUAUCCUAAACAAAAGAGUGAUGUUUUAUAAAUAUUAUUUGCAUGAACUUAGUGGCAUCACGACAACAUAUGAGUACCUCUAAAUUGAGUUCAUCAUAGUGCAUCAAGAAUCAAGAAAUAAUAUCCAGAGUGAAACUUGAGAGGACGAAUAUUUCUAUUCAUUUCUAACUUUUUUUCUUUUUUUUUUGAAUCAUGUGAUACUAAUAAACUCAUUUUAAGGUUGUGUAGUUGUUGUUCUGUUUUGAGUUUAUACAUAAUAUUUAUAUUUAUUUCUCCUCUACUUAUCUAUUCUCUUAUAAGGAUAAGGCAAGUAAGGGGUCGAUCCUCAAGGAAUUGGGAUUUAUAUUCUUAAUAUUGUUUAAGUUUAAAGAUAGGUAAAGGCUGAAGAGAUAGAAUUAGAGGAAGAAUAAUGGAAGAACGAGAAUUGAGAAAUGUUUUAGAUGCUCCUACUUAAAACUUAAAAGAGCAAUUUGAGGGAAAAGAAGCGGACGAGAGAUGAGAGGCUCAAAGAGAUCUUGAUCCUCUUACAAAGGUCAAGAUCUCCACGACCUCACAAGGGACGGUCAAACUAUGGUUCAAUUUCCUGAGAAAUAGCAAUGUAGAUGAGGGUAAUCAUUUUAUUGGAUAGCAGGAGAUGAAAUGCAAACCUCGUGACCUGAAGUGCGUACCUUGAGUUUGGAUAUUUCGCCUAGACUAGGCGGUUUUCUCCAACAAGAACACACAUCCAGAAUCAAGAACAAAAUUCACAAUAAAUCACUUAUGUUCAGGUUUAUCAACUUGGAUCCUAGGAGAAACAUAGUGAUGCAUUUCACAAAAGAACCUUCUCCCGUUCCUAUUUUCUUUCCAUGACCCUCUCCUUCCUUCACUUGAGCGCCCGUGAUAUCUAGAGUUCAUGGCCCAUCUUAGAGAGGGAAGUUGAGGAGAUAUUGGGCUGGAACAGGUUACGCGUGCUCCACUCUCCUCCUUCAGGCCUUUCUUGGCCCACAAUGUGUUGCAUGACCUCUUACUUUCACCCUGAUAGCCUUCAAGCCCUCAAAUUGACCACUUAAUUAGAUUCGCCUGAUUCUUGCACAUCACAUGCUAAAAAAUAUUAAUCAAUAAUAACACUAAUUGACUUCCAAAAAAUCAAACAGGUUAGUCAUAAGAAAAUAUCAUUAAUAAUUCAAUAGUAAUCAUGAAAUUCAUAUAUAUAUAUAUAUCAACAUAUUUUCCAUGAGAGCUUAUAAGUAAGGAAUCAUUACUCAUAUUCAUAGUCACUAACAUGAUCUUGGCAAACUUUUGAGCUCAAAAGCAUAUGAAAUCAUAGAUAUUAUCACUAUAAUUAUCAUGUUAUCACACCCCCCAACUUAGCCCAUUGCUAGUCCCUUAGCAAUGGUAUGAAAAUGAAUAUGAUCUUAAACUUCCUAAUUUUUUAUGAGCCUGAAAAUAUACUUCACAAAUUACAGCAAUCAAAAACUAUGUCUAUGUCCACGAAUUCCUAAUUUUUCUUUUGACAAAGGUUAAACAUUUCAUCUAUCUAGUACUUCCCAAUUUACUAAGCUCCGAAAUCAAUUUCUACUCUUGAAAUCAUGUCAUGAUUUCCUGAGUACAUUAAGGUUUACAUAGCUAGAUUAAACCAGAUAGUUUUUAUUGCUUUUAUUAUUAUUAUUAUUUUAUUUCAUGCUGGUAGCUUUUCUCUUUGACCUUUCUUGUCUAUCCUAAUCUCACAUGUGGAAGCCCCAUGGGACAAUGGGGAAAGCCCCUUGAUUGUAUGCUUCCGGGCCUUCACUUUGCAUGGUUACAAUAGGUAUUUUGCAAGCCUUGCUAAUUCUAAUCUCACAUGUGGAAACUCGACGAAAUCAGCUAAGCAUUUUUUUUUUAACUAGUGUAAUCUUUACAAUGUUCUGCCCUUUUGCCCCAAGUUUAAUCAUGAUUAAUGACUUGAAGACGCAUCAACUAAUUCAAAAACUUUUCAGCCAACUGCUGAUCAAGAUACAGAAGGAUUCAAUUCACUACUCACAGAUGAAAAUAGAAAUUCAUAAACAUAAAUUCAGCUGGAGAUCAAGGUAGAUUUUCUAAAUUUAAGAGUGUGGGCUAUAUGCACCAUGAAAGGUCAUGAACCUCGUCAUCUGGUUAUAAGCAUUAUAGCACCUGGUGUAAUCUCAUGUACUCAUCCUCAUGCAUUUAUGCUUCCCCCCCAAACUACCAUACGCAUUGUCCCUAAUGCAUCUAUAUAAGAGAAAAAAGAGAAAGCAUUAAAUAUGCAAAUCGAGAGUGAGUGCUUCACUAUUCAUCUUUCAAUUUCCUUUUGUACUAAUCCAUGUCACGAUAUGUGCUUCCUCUGGAAUGCUUGAUCUGUCCGCUUAAUAAAAACUCAAGAAAAACAUUAAAGGAUAGAGAAAAAUAAUAGGAAAGAAAUAUAGUGGAAAGGAAAGCUACACCAUCUUAGAGUACUUGAUCGAUAGAAUUAUUGGGACGAGAAGUUCUAAGAAGGUUGAGGUUCAAUAGAUGGAUCGUACAAUUGAGUGGAAACGGGUAAAGAAGGGAGAUUUGUCUAAUAAGGUUUAUUUGCCCAUUCACUUUAAAAUUUUGAUCAAUUUUUGGAUCUGCAAUUAAUACUGCGCCACAGUCAAAAACUUUAAUCAUAAGGUAUGGUCCAUCCCAUCUAGAUGUCAAUUUCCCUAGAAAUAAUUUCAAUCAAGAAUUAUAAAGCCAAACUUUUUGAUUCUCAUGAAAAUUCCUUCUACUCACAUUCUUGUCAUGAAAAGCCCUCAUUUUUGCUUUAUAAAUUAGGGAGUUCUCAUAUGCCUCAUUUUGCAAUUCUUAAAGCUCUUGCAGUUGCAACAUAUGGUUCUCACUUGUUGCAUCUAAAGAGAGAUUAAGUUUUCAUAUAGCCCAAUAAGCCUUAUAUUCGAUUUCCACAAGAAGGUGACAAGUUUUCCCAUAUGCUAUCCUAUAAGGUGACAUCCCUAUGGGUGUUUUAUAAGCAGUUAUAUAGGCCCAUAAGGCAUCGUACAAUCUACUUGACCAAUCUUUCCCAUCAGGUCUAAUAAUCUUCUUUAAUAUUUUCUUAAUCUCCCUAUUACUCACCUCUACUUGGCCAUUUAACUUGAGGGUGAUAAGGAGUCGUCAUUCUAUGGUGGACUUCAUACUUUUUCAGUAAAUUCCAAAAAUGAGAGUUGUUGAAGUUGGUUACUUUUUCACUAAUAAUCGCCCUAGGACACCCAGAUCUCACAAAAAUAUUCUGCACAAUAAAUUUCACUACCACUUUGUGAUCAUUAGAUCUAGUAGGAAUUACUUCUACCCAUUGAGAAACAUAACCCACUCCUAUCAAAAUAUAUUCAUAGCCUUCAAAAGAUGAAAAGGGCCCCAUAAAAUUGAUUUCCCAUAAAUUGAAUAUCUUUACUUCUAUAAUCGGCUGUAGUGGCAUAUGAUCUCUCUUCCGCAAAUUCACUGCAGCUUGACACUUCAAAUAAUCUUUGUAGUACUCAAAAACAUAUUUAAACAAGCUAGACCAAAAAAAACCACAUUGUAAUAUCAUGGAAGUAGUAAUUUUUGGGGGAAAAUGACCACCAAACAAUGAAGAGUGACAAGAUUUUAAAAAUUUUCAUUGCUCUUCAUUAAGUACACACUUUCUAAGGAUAUGAUCAACUUUCAAAUGAAAUAACUUAGGCUCUUCCCAAAAAUAAUAUUGGAUAUCUUUGAAAAACUUUCUUUUGUCACUAAAAUUUCAUUCAUUUGGUAGUUGGCAUGUGGCAAGAUAAUUCACUAUAUGUGGAUACUUAGGUAUUUUUCUAUCUUGAAUUCUUAAAAUUUGCUCAUCCACAAAUGAGUCUAUGAUAGAUACAUGUGAUUUGAUUUGUAAUCUAGAUAAAUGAUCUACAACCACAUUUUCACAUCCAUGUCUAUCUUUGUCUAUUCACUUUUAUUUGCUGUCCUAGUUUUGGAUCCUCAAUUAAAAUAGCAUCACAUUCAAAGAUUUUAAUAAUAAUAAAUAGACCAUCUCAUCUAGAUUUUAACUUACCAAGAAAGAGUUUGAAUCUCGAAUUAUAAAGCUAUACUUUUUGAUUUUCUUUGAAUUCUCUUCUUCUUAAUUGUUUAUCAUGAAAUACUUUCAUUUUAGCUUUAUAAAUCUUAGAAUUCUUAUAUGCCUCAUUUCGAAUCUCAUUAAACUCAUGCAAUUCAUGUAAUCAUUUCUUUCCAGCAUCAUCAAUAGAUAAAUUGAAUUUUUUAAUUACCCAAUAUACUCUAUGCUCUUGUUUUACCGAAAGGUGACAUACCUUACCAAAAAUUAAUCUAUAUGGCGACAUGCCUAAAGGAGUUCCAAAUGCUCUCCUAUAUGCCCAUAGAGCAUCAUAUAAUCUCCUAGAUCAAUCCUUUCCAUCAAGCCUACAGAUUUGUUUAUAGAAUUUUUUUAAUCUUUCUAUUAUACACUCCUACUUGUCCAAUGGCUUGUGGAUGAUAAGGUGUAGUUAUCCUAUAAUGAACUCCAUAUCUUUUCAAUAGGGUCUUAAAUUGAUAGUUGUUAAAAUGUGAUCCUCCAUCACUAAUGAUAGCCCUAGGACACUCAAUCCUUGAGAAAACAUGUUACUCAAUACACUUAACUACUACCUUUCUAUCAUUAGUUUUAGUAGGAAUUACUUCUACCUAACGAGACACAUAAUCUAUUAACAUCAAAAUGUAUUCAUAUCCCUCUGAAUUUGAGAAAGGCCUCAUGAAAUCAAUUUCUCAUAAUCAAAUAUCUCUGCUUCUAAAAUUGACUUAAGGGACAUAUGAUCUUUCUUACUCAAACUAAUGGCUGCUUGACAUCUUAAACAUAUUAAAUAAAAAUCAUAAAAAUCUCUAAAUAAAGUUGGCUAAUAAAACCCACAUUGUAAGACCUUUGAAGCUUUAAUUUUAGAAGAAUAAUGGUCUCCAAAUGGUGAUGAAUGAAAAAACUCAACUUUUUCCUUGCUCCUCUUUGGGUACAAAUCUCCUCAAAAUCUGAUCAACUCUUAAAUAAAAUAAUUCAGGUUCUUCUCAGUAAUAAUGUGAUAAUGUUUUGAAGAAUUUGUUUCUCUCAUUAUAGUCCCAAUUUAAAGGCAACAUUCCUAUAGCAAGAUAAUUCACUAUGUGUGCAUACCAAGGAAUUUUCCUAACUUGAACUUAAAAAAUAUGUUCAUCAAGAAAGGAAUCACUAAUGGGUUGUGAAUCCGCUACAAUCAUCCUCAAUAAAUGAUCAGCUGCUAUAUUUUCACUUUCCUUCAUAUCCUAUAUCUCAAUAUCAAAUUCCUAUAAUGAAAGUAUCCACCUAAUAAGCCUAGGUUUAGCCUCUUUCUUUCUAAGUAAAAACUUUGAAGUUGUAUGAUCAGAAAAAAAUAACAAUCUUACUACCUAAUAAAUAAGACCCAAUAUUUUCUAAAGGAAAAAUAAUGGCUAGUAAUUCCUUUUUAGUAAUUGAAUAAUUCACCUAAGCAUCCACCAAGGUCUUACUAGCGUAAUAGAUGGCCGCUCACUUGUCGAUUUUUUGGCUUAGGACUGCUCCCACCACAAAAUCCAAUGCAUCACACAUUAGCUCAAAAGGCAAGCUCCAAUCAGGGGCCCGCAAAAUAGGAGCUUGAAUGAGUGCAUCUUUAAUUUGGUUAAAAGCAAUCCUAAUAUCACUAUCAAUAAUAAAAUUGACAUCUUUAGGCAAGAGAUUAGUUAAGGGUUUAGAAAUAUUUACAAAAUAUUUAAUGAAUCUCCUAUAGAAGCUUGCAUGGCCAAUGAACCCUCUAAGUUCUUUUAAAUUGCUGGGAAGAGGUAGAUGCUUGAUCACUUUGAUUUUGGCCUUGCCUACCUUCAGCCCAUGCUUAUUGACUCGAUGUCCUAACACUAUUCCUUCUUGCACCAUAAAAUGAGAUUUUUCCCACUUAAUAUAAGAUUAUUUUGGAUACAUAUUUGUAGAACCUAUGUUAGAUUAAAUAAACACAUCGCAAAUGAUGCAUCAAAAAUUGAAAAAUCAUCCAUGAAAAUUUCCAAUCUAUCGCCCACUAAUUCGGUAAACAUGUGACGUGACUUAGUCGUUGUAUAUUAAAUCACACAAAUAUAAAAUUUAUAAAACUAGAAAAUACGAAUUUUUGGAUAUUUAGAAGUAUUUCUGAACAAAUAUAUCAAUUAUAAUUCAAUAAAACUUCCAAAAAUAGUAGUAAUUUUCUAGGUCAAUCACAGGGAUGUAAUAUAAUAUCUGGUAAUUAUUCAGAAUUUUCAUCAGAGAAUAAUAUUUUAUAUGAAUUUUAUACUAAGAAAUGAAAAGGAAAUAUAUUUUAAAUUCAUGAAAAAAGGAAAUAAGGGUGCGGGCGUCAGGAUGAUGUCAGCGCCGGUGAACGUGAAUCGGGCGGAAACAGAGUUCUGCCUGGUGAUUCUUACAUAAGCGAUUACAAACGAUUUAAUUGAUCAAAUUAAGAUCUGUAAAAGACGAAAGAAUCGUAAUGAAAUGAAGUAUAUGUUGGUAAAUUUAAAAUCAACAAAUUAUCACUAAAUGAAACGGAAAUUAAGUUGAAAGUAGGAAAACAGAGUUCCGGCGUCGCGACAGCAAUGCGUCGGCGAUGCAUCGGAAUCCUGAGCGUUCGGGAGGAUUGUCGUGUAGUGUCCACAGCCUCGAAGGCUCUCCUUGGACAAAGACGAUGUGGGCAAUCUCUAGAUCUUCUCGCGAAGUCUAGAGAUUAAUGAAAUGGGUCGUCGAGUCAUCUCCGGUGGCUGUCACCCGGCGAAGCGGAAAAACGGCGACUUUGCGGCUCUCCGGCGGCUGUCACCCAACGGAGAGGAGCUGGAUGGAGGUGGGGCGCGUGUCAAGGAGCUUCAUCCUCAGGUCCGCGCAGCAAGAGGAGGCUCUUCAUCACAUCUAGUACGCUCUCAGGAGGUGGCGACUCGUCUCCCGGCAGAUCGUCCUCUUCCUGACGACGAUUUGUUCGUUGAUCAAUCGGAGAUGAUUUACUCGAUAGAUUCACGAUCCUUUUAUCGUGAAUCGUUCAGCAAUUUUAGUAGCAAUGCUCUGUGA